CCGGUCCUGCCCGGAAGACCGUUAAUUUGCCCUCUUGUUCCAUCCCCUGCCCUGGAGGCGGGGUGUUGUUGGCUCGCUCCCUCGUGGCUCGUGGCUCGUGGGUCGGCCGAGCGUCCCGUGGAAUUCCCAGUCCCCGACGAGCACCGCGGGACCCGGGCCACGAUGGACUUCCCCAGCUCCCUUCGACCCACACUGUUCAUGGCUGGCCCCCUUGGUCUGAGUAAUGUCCCUGACUUGUCCUUCAUGUGUAGCUGGAGAGACGCCCUGAUGCUGCCGGAGUCCCUGCCCGAGAACUCUGAGAAUGGGGCGCCGCACAUGGCCACGCAGCUGCUCUGGGAGCCAGAGACCCCCGGGCCCCUUCCUCUGCUGCCUCCUGGUCCUGAUCCCUGGGACCCUGGGGUGACUGCCCAGGACCUGCUUUUCCGGGGAGGUUUCACAUUCCGAAGGAAGCCCCGAGCCGUGCUGGACGUUACGGAACAGCUCAGCCGCUUCCUGUGGGACCAUGGGGACAUAGUCUUUGCACCCCUGGGGAAGCUGAUGCUGGAGAAUUUCAAACUGGAGGGAGCACCGAGCCGUUCUAAGAAGAAGACAGUGGUCAGUGUGAAGAGCCUACUCCAGGACCUCGGUGGACACCAGCCCUGGGGCUGCCCCUGGGCUUUCCUCAGCUACCGACAGCGCCGCUUCUCCAUCCUCGGGGGCCCCAUCCUGGGCAAGUCAGUGGCCAGCCUCCUGGGGGAGCUGCUGCAUGAGGAGCUGGCCGUGCGGUGGGAGCAGCUGCUCCUGGACGACGCGUUCACCGGCGGCGCUUUGGCCUGGGUGCCCGGGAGGACGCCCCAGGUGGGACAGUUGGUCUACCCUGCAGGAGGUGCUCUAGACAAGCUCUGUUUCCAAGAGGUCAGUCUGACCUCAAGUGGUGAUGCUCAGGCUCUCAGGGACCCUGGCCACAUCCAGCUCCGAGGACCUGUCCGGCAGGUGGUGACCCGCACUGUGCAAGGGGAAAGUGAGUCCUUUGGACACCUCCCUCCAUGCCUCCCUCCCUUGCUGACUUGCUCCCUCACUCUGAUCUUCUCCGUCCCUCAGCCCUGCUGGCUGUCCGCUCUGACUACCACUGCGCCCUGUGGAAGCCCGCACCUGCCCGGGGAGCUGGCUGUCUGCAGCCGUUCCGGAGCCGUCUGUCUGUGGUCCCCCCAGGACGGGCUGCAGCAAGUCUACAAGGACCCUGAGACCCUUGUGUUCUGUGACCGUUCUUCCUGGCGCUGGGCAGACUUCACUGCUCAUCCCCGGGUGCUCACUGUGGGGGACCGCACAGGAGUGAAAAUUAUUGACACUCAGGGCCCACCCGGCUGUGGUCUGUUGCUUUUUCGUGGGGGCGCGGAGGCAUCGUGCCAGAAAGGAGAACGUGUCCUGCUGACCCAGUACCUGGGGGCGCACGGCCCCGAGCCCCUGCUUCCCACGCUCCAUCUCAUCUGCACGCAGUUUUCUCUCUACCUGGUGGACGAGCGCCUCCCCUUGGUGCCCAUGCUGAAGUGGAACCAUGAGCUCCCCUCGGCUCCCCUGUGGGCCCAGCUGCUGCCCCCGCCACGGCCCGGCUGCCCCCGGCCGCUGCUCCUGGGUGCCCAGCGCGGGCACCUGCGGCUGCUACACCUUACAGGAGACGGGGCCUCUGCACCCAGGCUGGCGGGGCACCCCCAGUCUCUCCCUUCCAGCAGCGACUCCCUCUCCGCGUUUCCCCUGCUGGAGCCCAAGAGUCAGUGGCGACUGCAGGAGCGUCUGAAAGCGCCAACCAUAGGUCUGGCUGCCACCAUCCCUUUCCCGGCUUCCGAGCCAGUCCUGUCGCUCUUCCAGCUCUCAGCAGCCGGGGAUAUCUUCCACCAGCGCCUCCGCCUUCAGGCAGACCCUGGGGCUACCCUCCAUGCCCCCACGGCUUCCUGGACUCCACAGGCCACUGCGUGCUGCAGCCGAUGGCUGAAGGCCCUGCUGAAGGUGCCCCCGCCUCCCCCUGUGUGGGCGGCACCCACCUUUUCCCACCGCCGUCUGCUGGGCUGCAUGGAGCAGAGGACAGGGGAGCGCAAGGGGCCAGAGGGUCUCCGAGCGGCCAUGGCUGGAGGGCGGCUGCUGCAGCAGAGGGACCUGGGCCCACUCCCCUCUGUGGAGCCACCCCCUGCCCCCGAGCCGGGCCCCGAGGACGAGCUCAGUGCACGUUUGGAGGCGGCUUGGGAAGGCCAGAUGGCCGCCUGGUGGGAGAGGCAGCAGGGCCGGAGCUCCGGGCCCAACAGACCGCCCAAGCGGCACAAGCGCCGGACUCAACUGUCCAGCACUUUCUCCUCGCUCAGCGGCCGCCUGGGUCUCUCGGAUGCCACCAGCCCCCCUCAUAGCCCAGACCGGGCAUCCCCCGAAGCCAAGCCUCAACCACCAGUGACCCCGCCCUCCCAUGAGUCGACUCAGGAGCUAUGGGCUCAGGGUGUCCCCUCAGAGCGGCAGCAGACUCUCCGCGACUACAUGGCAAAGCUGCCGCUCGGAGGGGACAGCCCACGUGGUGUCUGCUCGUCCCUCUCCCAGAGCCCCAGCCUCCAGGCCACACCCUCCAGCUCCCAGACCCUCCAGGAACGCACAGCCGAGCUGCCACCACGAAGGACCGCCCUGAGAGGUGCCGCCGUGUCUUCUUCCCAGACCUCCAGCCUCCGGGCCACCCCCUCCAGGCAGCGGGCACCUGUCCCCUCUGGCUCUCAGCCCCAGCGGAAGAAGCCGCGCAUGGGCUUCUGAGGGCCCAGGGGAGCCCUUCAUCCUGGACCUGCUGUGCCUUCUGUGGUUGGAAGCUGGGAAGUGGAAAGAGAACAGUCCCCGGGGCACAGGCCUGCCCGUUUCCAGAGCAACGGGAACAGCAGGAUAGUCCUUUCCUUUCCUUAUGCUUUUUGCUACAAGAUCAUUCCAGAAGGCAAAUUGAGUAGGCCCUCGUGGUCCUGUCCUGAAGGGCUGUGUCAUGGGGAUUCCCUCCAGGAGACGGUGGGCCGUGCUGCCCAGGAGCUGGGGCUAUUGCCCCCUCCCCCCAAGACGCCGGGGUGACGGAAGGGCACCUGCUCCUCACCGUGCUUGCAGGGAGUCCGAGCUGCCAGGGCUGGCCGCUCAGUCUGUGUUGGUUAAGCGGCGCCCACUGUGAUCGGACGUUUCGCGGAGGGGGACACUUGGAACCCACGUUUAGGAACUGAAUAAGCCUGGCAGCGGCGCGGGGUUGGAAACGAUGGGGUUUCUGGGGCCGGCAGCGCCCCCUACAUUCCUUCCUCUGAAGCAUGUGGUUCCGAGGAACACUUUGUUCCCCUGUGGGGAAACCUGCCCUCAGAAUGUCCCAAGACACCAGCGUUUGCUCUAGAUUUCUCUUCGCACAUGAAGGUUGCUGCUUUUCUCAGGGAACCUGGUGGAAGGAAUUGCACAGGACUCGCGCGGAUGUGAAACGACCCAGUAACACGGGGACUCGCGCGGAUACUAAAAUGUCUGUAAUGCUCGGUUACACAACUUCCGCCCCCGAGACCCCGGGGACGUCGCGUUCUGCUUUGAGCACAGCAACACGGUGGUGCACACUU